GGGGCGUUAGUUGAAUUAAUUAUCAAACCCGUGACAUAGAAAGAAAGCACACAAACUUGUGUGUUGCAUAUUGAUCCAUAUUUUUAUAUCAGAUUGCAUCAUGAGUCUUAUGCAUAUGUGCAUAUCCUCUUUUCUCUAUAUCUCUAUAAUUUGCUUCUAUUCUCUGAGAAAGUUCUUCCUGAAUCUUGAAGGUUCUUCAACACCCUUCUUAAGGUGUGGUCUCCAAAUACAUUUAUGUUGCUACAUCUUAACUUAUUAGUUGGAAGAGUCACUAACUUGGAUGUGCAGGAAUUGAAGAGCAUGGAAAGUGACCAGAAAGUCCAAAUAGCUUCUUGGAGUGAGGUCAUGUCAGGUGCUGGGGUGGAGUUUCAUCAAGGGGCUCCUAAUUUGGGACAAGGUGGUGGUGGUGGCCUUCAGAGACAACCUAGUAUGACCAAGAACAAUUGUCUUUGUUCUCCAACCACACAUUCUGGUUCGUUUCGUUGCCGGCUUCACCGCUCCCCUAGCCUCCAGAGGACCAAAAGCAUGGAAUCAGAGUCCCUCAGGGAUCACGCAUCAAAAGUCCAUGCUUCAAUUGUUGAUGCUGUUGCUGAUGCCAACAAGGAUCCAGUGCAUUGAUCUUCUGAUGAAUUGAAUGUUAAAUUGUCAUUAAGCUGCCAUAUGUUUUACUUGUGUGUAGGCGUGUCAUGUUUACUUUCUAUCUAUUCAUAAACUUAUAACUGCGAAGUGUGGAGAUGUAUGUAAUGCAAGUACUUUUACUGUAUUUGAUUGUCACGUGAACAAUUUGGGAUCAUUUAAUUUCAUCCCUGCUUGAUUCUCCUUUCAAGUUUAUGUUAUUGUAAGUUGAAAUACCC